CUCGUAGUCCACAGCAACUACGACCGCGACACGAUGCAGUCGUUUUUCCGAUCCUAUCUUCUUAUAUCAAGAUCCGUUUUGAUUGGGGCGCUGAUCUUCCUUUCAACGGUUCCUGUACUUCCUACAGAAGCGCGACUACUUCCGACAGUCAAGGUGUGUAACGUGGAUGAAUUCUAUGAUGCUAUGACAAUUGCCUGUUCGUUCCCACCCAUCCAAGCGCACAAAAGGGCCGAUUAUGAUGACUCUGUGGAGAGGAACAACAUGGAUCUGGAGUCGUUUUCCGAGCAAUGUUGCCAAAAACAGUGCUCCAUCGGCGUUUUUAUGCACCUCUGCAAUAAACACGACCUCCGUCGAAAAUAACUGAAUUCCGACGUUCAAACAACGAACUACACCCAUAAAAUCAUCGAAUUUCGGAAUGCUCCGUACUUCCGAAGAGUAGUCUUUAAAAUUAGAUAGCUUGCAUGUUAGGGUUAUUUUUUAUAUGCCUAGUCAUGAUAGAUAAAUUUUCGCACGGGAGCUAUAUAAAACAAUUUUUCAUGAAAAGUCACCCCAACGUUCAUGGCUGUGAGAUCGUAGUGCUAUGAGCAUUUUUAUCACCAAAAUGACUAAUUUGGUUGUGAUCUUGAUCAAUUGUAAUUCUGUUUGUUAGAGGUUACAGUAUGGCUUAAGUUGGAUUCCUCUGUCGUCGUAUGGGAUCACCGAUUUCGUUUUUCCACGGAGCAGCAUCUAUAACAUAGCAUUAUUUAUCUAAGCGAUUGUUUACAAAAGAUGCCGGAAUUGUCCAUGUUCGUCUUGAUAAUUACGGAAGGCCUCCAUAGGUACGGUCAUUAAUGAUUUCAAUAAAGCAAUUUAUC